ACUUGUAUCUAACUUCAUACUUCAUGCCGAAACCCAACCCACGUGUGGUGUGUUUUGAUUUUUGAAAAUAUUUUAUAUAAUAAAAAUAUGGGCAAGUUCAGAUCAAAACUUAAGGGGCAAACAAAAGGCAAAAGAUGGCAAAGGGGUCAGUCAUCGAAUUCAAAUCCGAAGACCCAAAAGUACAGGGAAAUGGCAAAAUCCCGGUUUUUUCAAGAAAAUUUGACAAAUUCCUGCCUCACUCAGCAAGCGGUUCUUAAACAUGAUGCAAUGAUCACAUAUGGACACAGAAAGCAAAAGUCUGCAGACAAUGAUUUGACAAUUGCAAAGGAGUUUGAGAAUAUGUCAGUGAGGACAGGGGAGGAUGGCUCAGAUACUGAAUAUUCUGGAUCUAUGAAAUCGGACACUUACAAGACAUUUCAAACAUUCGCCUCAGAUUGGAGUCAGUGCUCUAAUGUCAGUUUUAGCAAGUUGCUAACAAGGUUUGACUCGAAAAAUGCAGUGCAUAAGGAAAUGUUGGCAGUAUUAGCAGCUGUGGCAGAGGUUAUCAAGGAGCAGGGCGGAAAGGAGUCAACCACUGAAUACUUUGCUGCUUUGAUGCAGACACUAAAAGCAUCGGAAGGGGAAGAGAGUUUGGUCGCCACAUUAUCACUCCUGUCCAUGGGCAUCAAAUCAGUACCUCAAGCGGUAUUGAGGAAACAGUUCUCCGACUGUGCGACCAUAUUCACAGAGAUUUUGGAGAAGGACGAGCAAUCGGAUAAUGGGACUUUGUUGCGCAGUGCCAUAGGAUGUUUGUCUGUUCUGUUGAGAGCGCAAGAGUAUGCUCUGUGGGGCGAUUCCUCUACGUUGAGGGUUUUUGAAUCUGUAUUGGCCUUCGCAUUGCAUUCUAAACCUAAGGUUCGUAAGGCGGCCCAGCACGCUGUGACCGCCAUUUUGAGGGGAAGCUGUUUCAUGGUGCCAUCGGAAGAUCAGAAGACUAAGGCUCCCAAACUUCACCCAGCUUCUAACCGCACUGCUGAGUAUUGUCUGGCUCAAAUCAAACCCGAGGCACUUCUAUCCGGCCACCGUACAGUACUGCACACGCUCACAAUGUUACGAGACGUCCUGGCUGUAUUCAGUAAGGAGCAUAUUAAGACAAUAUGCGAAGCGAUCCUGUCACUGAUGACCCACAACAACGUAUACAUCAAAACCUGCUGCCUUCACACACUGCACGCUUUGUUCUCCGCACCCCGGGAUGCCUGCAACCUGACUGCCAACCUUGGCGUCCAGCUGACACGAGCCUUAAUGGCUGCCAGACCUCCGGCCAACGACACUGGACAGGUGUUGGCAUGGGCCGCCGUGCUGCAACAGGGCUAUGGCUGUCUUGCUGGCUUAGACAUCAACCUUUGCAUACCGAACCUGCCGUUGUUUGUGAACAUCUGCGUGUCGGAGUUAUGGCUCUCGGACGUUGCGGAUGUCAACUCCGCAUCUACUAACGCCUUGAAAGCCGUACUCCUAGACUGCGUGAAGCCAGCAAUACAGUCCGACCAGUGUUUGCGUAAGCACAAGACACACAUAGACACGAUAUUCAAGACCAUAGGCACGGGACUGGACAAUCCAUUCAACCAGGCGAUCAAACAUGUCAUACUUACUAUUGCUGUAUGUUUUGAGAUAGGCAACGAAAAAAUAGAAUAUCUCCUAGCGCCUUUACUGAAGAAACUGAACGAACGCCGCGAGAGUCACAACUUCCAUAACGAGAAAGAGGCGGAAUACGCUACGGGAUGCGCGAUCAAAUCCCUAGGACCGGAAUUCGUACUAAAAAUAAUACCGCUAAGGGACGGAGAAAAUAUCAAUCUUGAUAGAAGUUGGCUGCUACCAGUUAUGAAGGAGAGAAUCACUAAUUCGAACAUAAAAUUCUUCGGUACUGAAAUAUUGGAAAUGGCGACAUUCUGUCGUAAGAAAUCUCGCGAGCUAGCAGAGUUAAAAGACAAUCCGGGAUCGCACACCUACGAUUUACUGUGCAACCAAUUCUGGUCUCUAUUUCCGAGCUUCUGUAACCACCCAAAGGAUGUUAACGAAAAUUUCAAGAUUCUAGCACGGGUUUUGGGAAACGUUCUCAAGGACAACCCGGAGUUCAGGCUGUCCAUAAUGCAAGGUCUAAGAAAGCUUAUAGCUUGUUCUGAAGAUAACGAAGAGGAUAAAAGUGAAUUGGCUCGUUUUGCGAAGAACUAUAUACCAAUUCUGUUGAACAUUUAUAUGUCGCCCGUUAAGCUUUUAAAAGGCAGCUAUGCGGAGGGCCACAGAUUAGCCGCUUUGGAAACUAUACAGGUGUAUUUAACUAUAUGCGAUCAAACUCUAAGAGAAGAACUGUUCACAAACGCUCUGCAACAGUUGGAAGCGUCUAAAGACAACCAUUUCCAAAGGGAGUCUAUCUUGGACGUAAUACGCUUGCUGGUAUUUUACCAAAGUUCCGAACAAAUUGCGAAUCUCUUCGAGAAAUGGGUGUAUCCAUUGUGCGAUACUGUCCUAGAGGAUCCCAAGAAGUUUUAUAAGAAGAAUAAGAAAGAGAAAAUGGAAACUGAGGAAACGCAACAGCAAAAUGGUGAAAAGAAAAACGAUUUAAGGUACAAAGAUAAAGCGAAACUAUUAGAAAUGGAACAUAAGAAGGCGUAUAGAAUUCUAGAGGAGAUAUUCAAAAGCGAAAAGGAGAGUUGCAAAGAGUUUUUAACUAAUAACUACAAGAAGAUAAAGAAACUUCUCAUGUCUUCGCUGAACAAGGUUGCCGAUAGUAGCAAGGCGGCGAGGUUAAGGUGCAUAGAGCAUUUAAUCAACACAUCACCGCACCUCAACGCCGAAAGCAAGUUACUAAAGAGUGCGAUAGCUGAGUCAGUGAUAUGUACGCGGGAUAUUAACUCUAAAUGUCGACAGUGCGCUUUCAACCUUAUCAAUACGGUUGGAAAAGUAUUGAAAAACCAAGAUGGAGGUAUGCAGCCAUUCGUAAACCUGCUUUUAUCCGGUUUAUCGGCGCCAUUGCCUCGCAUAGCUAGCGCAACCCUGCGCGCCUUAGCAUCGGCAUUGUUCAACUUCUCUGAGGAGAUGGGUUUGGAAACGGUGCAGAAUCUCCUGGAGAAAGUCACCCAGCAAAUGUCGACAAAUAACAGAGAGAUUGUGGCGGCCGCUAUGAGCUUCCUAAAGGUUUACACGAAAGUGUUACCAAUGGACGCCCUGGCGGGCAGUUUGCCCAUCAUCUUCAAAACCUUAUCGACAAUGUCUGACGACUGCAAGCGGCAUACUCGACUAGAAAUAGGGUACUUCCUCACUAGAAUGACUAGGAAGUUUGGCGCUGAAGUUAUUGAGAAACUCAUCCCUGAGAGAGAUGAAGUGAUGCUUCGGAGGCUGAGGAACGUGCGGAAGAUGGAUAAUAGGAAAAAAAGGAUGAGGGAUGGACAGAGGGAUCAAGACGACUCAGAAUCCGAUAUGGACAUCAAAGGCACCUCCAAAACCCUGGAAGACAUUCUCAAAGAUUCCGACUCGGAAAUGGAGUUCCUGGAGGAAGACGAGCGUCCCAAGGCCAAGGCGAAAGGAAAGAAGAAGAACCAGGCCUGGAUUCAGGAUGACCCGGAAAAUAUUGUGGACCUGGCUGAUGUAUCUUCUGCUAGGAAGAUCACAGCAACGAACCCAAAACAGAAGAAACGUUUGCCCGAAGAGAAAAAGCAAAAGAAGGACGGUGGUUUCAAAACAGCGCCGGACGGUCGUCUGAUCAUCAGCGAUGAUGUAUUCGACGAUGAUGACAACGACGAGCCUCGUCCGAGCGGUGACGUGGAAAGCGAUACCGAUGAUACAGAUAACGAAGCGGAGAACCCAAAACCAUCCAAAUUGCUUAAGCCGGGAGCCAAGAGACGCUAUGACGACAUCCUGAGUAUCAAGAGCGGCCGCACCAACAGGAGUAGAGCUUCCACGGUCACUGUGGGCUCCAAGUACAAAGCCGGGGGUAAAGGAAUACACAGACCUCUUGGAUCAGCUGCCUCCGUCACUUCGGCGAUGGGCACAGAGUACAAAUCGAAGAAGGCGAAAGGCGACAUCAAGAAGCGAGGCAAACCCGACCCCUACGCGUAUCUGCCGCUAUCUAGGAAGAAUUUAAACAAAAGGAAAAAGUCUGUCACAUCGACCCAGUUCAAAGGAGUCGUCAAGGCAAAAACGAAAGGCAGAUUAAACAAAAAGAAUAAAUAGAUUUUUUAAGGCCUCCUAAGGGAUCCUCUUUCUUUGCAUCUACUUACAAACAAUAUUUACUUUAGCCAUUGCGACUUUGGAAGAGGUAGAAGUACAGCUUUUUGCGAUAGAACUCGUUCGGAGAAGUGUUACCGUCACUUUCUCCUGCAAUACAGCAUUUCUUAAGUCAAUGCCUUAACUUAAUUAUUCUACUGCAAUUCGCAUAAAAAAUAAAAAGGUCGACGCAAAUAAUCUAUGUUAUGAGCUUUCCCAUUAUUGUAUAUUCGAAAUUUUAUAGCAAAAGAUCGAUAGUCAAGGUCUUUAUCUUAAAUGCAUACAAUUAAAAGACAAGGAAAUUAAAGCAUCAAAAUUUUCCGAAUAACAAUUCGUACAAAUUGAUUAAUUUGUAAAGUUUAUCGUAAGUGUUCAAUAUAACUAGAUGAUUUUUUUCCCCUUUUAACUAUAUCUACGAUCCAGUAGCGUGCACAAGAAUAUUGACCAGGUUUCCAUAAAGCUGGAAAAUGGAUUAAAAUGAGAAAAACCUCUUGCUAUUCGAGUUAUAUGAAAAUUUAAGGGUAGGGAGUGCAUUUGUUCAUAUAUGAAAUUCACGCCACAGGACCCAGGCACUUUGAAAAUGGCAUAAUUUUUUUUUUACGGUAAUAAUUGGCAGACUAACAGAUGGCUCAUAUGAUGGUAAAUGAAAAACCAUCCAAACCAAACCACGCCUAUAUAUAGAGAACACGUCCUGUGUCUAUCAACCUGAGCCGUAGGAGUGUAACUACGUGCU